UUAAUUUCCAAAAGUUUGUGCCAGUCUGGUACCAGGUGAUAUUUAAAAUCGACUACUUUUGAACAGCCACGCGAGCUUAUCACGCACUUAAAUUAUUUAAUCAUCAAUUUUCUUCAUCAAGUAAUUUAAAAAUAUUUUUCUCAAUUGUGUAUAUUUUUUUUUCAAUCGAUUUUACACCCAUAAAUCAUCGUGAAGUAUGAAUAAAUAAUUCAAAAAAAAAAAAACAAAUUAUUCAGUCAACCGCAUUGCAGGAUAUAAAUCGACCGAGAUAUGCAUUUUUCUUAAUUAAAACAACAGAAAAAAAAACAGGGAAAACUAAAAAGACAUUGUAGAAAAAUGUUAAUUAAUUAAUAAUUUUUUUAUAAAACUUUUUGAAGAUAAAUGAAAGUCUGAUGGCCUACUGUAUUUUUUGGUUACUAGUGACUAUUUUAUUUGUGGUUUUAGUGUGCUUGAUCAAUUGACUAGAGCAUAACGGUUCAAUCAUAAAUACACCGCUAAUCAUUGUUAAAAAAAAAAAAUAGUUAUUCAUUGAAAUGCAUCACAAGUUUUUCUUUAUAUACAGGCCACUGUCCAACUUUAAAAUUUCGAGUCGGUAAACGUUUUGGCGCCAAUACCGAAGAUAUAAUGAAGGAUUUAUUGGAAAAAAAAAUACUUAAAAAUGGACCAUAUAGACCAAGCUCUGGAAGAGAUGUAUUAGCACCAAUUGAGCGUGAAAAAAAUAUAAGAAGAGAUUGGAAAAAUGAAACAAAUUAUUACAAAUCAUCACCAUUUAUACUUGGUUAUACUGGUUAUAUACCAGGUUUUAAUACAAGUUAUGGUUUACCAUUUAUGAGGGCUGUUGAACAAGGUGGUAAAGAAUGGCGCGAAAAACAAAAUAAAUUACGUUCAAAACGCGAUAUUUUACGUUCUACAAAUCCUAGAAAUCUUGCACGUGCAAGACAACCAUCAGACAAUGUCGAUGUUGAAGUUGACCAUGGUCAUCAUCAAUCUUAUUUUGAUAAUCAAGUGUCCUCAGAACGACCACCGAUUGUUGGAUACACUGGACAUAUACCAGGUGCCAAGGGCGAGGUCGCAUUAUCUCGAAGAUAUGCUCAAGCUGCUAAAAAAGGCCUUGAACUAUUGCAAAAAGUACGUGAAAGUAGACUUGAUAGACAUCGUAAUUUUGAUUCUACCGAGAGGGUCCUUGACACAAAUUAUCUCGAUGACACGGGACAUACGAGGACAUAGAUAUUUAUUUGAAAAAAAAAAAAAAAACUGUAUAAAUCAUACGUCCCAA